AUGUCUGCGACUGAAGCAUCCCACAACCCCGGGUUGGAUAAGGACGUUGGCGCUACUCCUGCCCAGAACGGCAGUGGCGCUCCCAUUCAGCCUCAAAUGUCCGCCGAGGAGCACCAGGUGGCUCGCGCCGCCGCCCGCUUCGGAUACGGACCUCUGGCGCACGUUAACGUCGACGAGUCUUCUCUCCCAGCCUUUGGUGGAGAGUUCCAGCCCGGUCUGUACAAGUCCGUUGAGGGUCGCAAGUUCGGUAACCCUGCGCCUCUGGGCCUCUGCGCUUUCGCCUUGACUACUUUCGUGUUGAGUGCUAUCAACAUCGGUGCUAGGGAUAUUAGCGCGCCGAACAUUGUUGUCGGUCUUGCUUUUGGAUAUGGUGGUCUUGUUCAGUUGCUUGCCGGCAUGUGGGAAAUGGCCGUUGGCAACACUUUCGGUGCUACUGCUCUCUCCUCUUACGGUGGUUUCUGGUUGGCCUUUGCUAUCGUCUUGACCCCCGGUGGGUUCGAGAUUGAGGCAGAACUCGGCGCAACCUCCUCUGAUCCCUCCAAGUUUUAUAACUCAAUGGGUCUGUUCCUGAUGGGCUGGUUCAUCUUCACAACCAUCAUGCUCUUCUGCACCCUCAAAUCAACCGUCGCUUUCUUCCUGCUCUUCUUCUUCCUGGACCUGACCUUCCUCCUCCUCGGUAUCUCCUACCUGCAGACCGAUUCUUCCGGAGGCGUCAACGUCCCCGUCCAGAAAGCAGGCGGUCUCUUCGGUCUUCUGGCUGCCUUCGCCGCCUGGUACAACGCCCUGGCCGGUAUCGCCGAUGACAGCAACAGCUUCUUCAUCAUCCCCGUUGCUCACUUCCCCUGGUCGGCUACUGGCCGUACCCGUCGCACCAAGUCUGAGCGCGAGCUCGCUUAG